CGAAGAAGAAAGUUUAUCGCGUUCAUAAACUCAUUUUCUAAAGUGAUAGAAUGGCAUAAGGGUCUUUAUUUAACUAUGCUAAAAUAAUUAUUAAAGACCCUAGAUGCAAAAUCGUCAAUUAUUGAGUUAAAUGGAUUAUUAGAUGGAUUUUAAAGGAUAUUUAAAGGUAAGAUACUAGUUCUUACGUGUUUUGAUAUUUGUUUGUACUUUUGUCGUUCCCUGUUCUCGGGGAAAUGAUUUUAACAUGGGCGCCAUUGAUGCAUCGGAUCACACACGGCAUACCCACAACAUUCUAUAAAAACACGUUCUGCGUGUCCUUAAAUUCGUCGUUCGAAGUCGGAAAACGUAUUGCCCUGUAUAUUUUGUCAAAUAAAGUGUCAGUCGCUGCGAUUGUCUGUUUACUCGUCAAAAUUGUCAAGGUCUUCGAUAGCUAAAGAAACUUCAGCGUACAGUUUAUUUAGCAUUGACAGACCUGUACAAAGUCGCGCCAGUCAAAAAUCAUAAAAAGCGACAUUUAAAGUUAUGGUAGCCAGAACUAGGUCGUCGAUGGUGUACAUGUAUGUUGACAUCGACAGCAUUUUGUCAGGAGCAAUCGCCGCCAUAUUGGAUUUUGAUCAUUUUCUUUCGAAAAUAAAAUGAAUUAUAGUAAAGUAAAAUCUUCUUUUCGCGGUCGUAAUGUGUUAAAAUUCGCAUACUGCGUAAAAUUGAAUGUAGGCACAUGGUGAUAUUUUUACUUGUUUUACAGUUUGUGUGUGAAUUUUUUAAAGACUAUUUUGCGUACCAGAACAAAUACAUGUAUAUCACUACGCAUGGUUACAUUUGUUAGAUUUUAAGCGCUUUUAUGACUGAAUUAAAAUUAUUGUUAAGGUUAUUAGAUCUAUUUAUGUUAAAUGUCACGUUGAAAAAAUCAAAUGGGAUAAAUAGAAUACUAGGAUUAGCGUUGAAUACAGAGAAGUUUAUGUUGCUCUGCUCGAACACCGAAAGCGCUCGCCAAGGCUCGCGCUUCCGGCGUUCUAAGCCUCGCAACAUAAACUUCUCUGUAUUCAACGCUAACCUAGUAUUCUCUAUGUAUCACGUCAACGUAUCGAAUAUAGCGUUCGUUUGGCAAGUAUGAUACAUAGACUCGCGCCAGUUUUAUAAACGGGUGGCACGUUCCACGAUUGUCAACUUUUACCGAUUUACUCCAGCUAUUUCGCUACCGCAAAAAAGCCAACCGUUAAAAUUAGGAUGGAUUCACUAAAUUAUCAGUAUUCAUUAUGUUACAUUUACGUUUGGAAUAAACACUUUUAUAACGUUGCGUUGAGGUUACAUACAUGUAAAUAAAACCUAAAUGAGUACUUCGUUUUAUCAACGCUCAAUAAUGUGUGUUGUAAUUUGCAAUUUAACACCGCUUAAUGUCCGCAGUGAAACAAUAACUUUCAUUAUUUCAACACAACACGCCUAAUAAUUUCAAACAAUACACGCUACUGAAACGAAUCUCAACAUUGCAAGUAAAAGUGCAGUUUUCCGUUUCUCUCAGUUUUACACCGUUAUCACGUGGAAUGUGCAUUACAAUGACACCCCCUAAUAACAUAACUAUAAUAAAACAUCAGCUAAAGCGGAAUUGGAAAUUGCUAACGCUAUACUGCAUUGUAUCUUUCAUACUCUCAAUUCUUUAUAGAAGCUUUAUUCCGCAAGAGGGCGACUCGGCGUCCGACAAGGUAACGUGCACGCGAAGGGAGGUGAAACUGUCUCCGACAAUCCUGUCUCCACCGGCACUGGUGAGCUUUCCGGGUUCCGGAAGUACCUGGGUCCGACACAUGGUGCAGCAGAUGACAGGAAUAGCAACGGUCAGCGUGUAUUGCGACUUGUAUCUCUACAAACACGGGUUUCCUUACGAAUGCCGCGUGGAAAAAGCAAAGUAUGCAAGCCUAGUGAAAACGCACGAGAUCGGCCGGGUCAAGAAGUAUACAAGAGCCGUUUUGCUGCUAAGAAACCCGUAUGAUGCCCUCCUGUCAUAUUUUAACUUUGUCAAAGCUGGACACAAAGGGCAUCCGACAGAAAAGGCUUUACGAAAUGCAUCAGCGGAACUAUUUGACUUUUCUUUAAACUGGUACAUGAAUCUCAUCAAAGAAACCAUUGAGCAGUUUGGCGACAACGUUCAUGUCAUAGUUUACGAACGGCUUAGGGACAACCCUCGACAGGAGUUAACCAGACUGGCAAGGUAUCUUGACGUCAUCAUAGCCGACCGAGAUCUCACGUGCGCUAUAACGCUUGCCGAAGAGUCGUUCCGCCGUCAGACCAAAAACAAGAAUCAUCAUCGGAUGCUGGAGAUAGCGUUCGAUUGGGAUAAAAUGGCGGUUUUAGACCAGGCAAUCAGAGACGCUGAACGUAUGUUGGAAGCGGCUUACAAACGAAAGUUUGAUUUAAGUGGAAAGUCCCGUAGUGUUAAUGAUCAAGCCGGCAAAGAUGAUGAUUUACCAGAAUUUAAUGAAGACAUCGCGGACAAGAGAAACCGCGAUAAACAUUAUGAGCUUGUAUAUUGAAAAAUAUGUAUUUGUGGAUGUCUGUAGCAGUUUAAAUUUAUUUAUGCUGUAUAUUUUAUAAUGAAAUAAAAUACAAAUGGUUGAC